AUGUCCACGAGCACGGUGAAGAUAUGCGUGGUUGGACCGCAGGAGGGCGGCAAGACCCUUCUGUGCAAGCUCCUCGCCGAGCAGCUCCCGGCCGACCGCGGGUAUCACCCCACGAAAGGCUUGCGCAUCCAGGAGGUUGAGCGCACCGGUCCGGGCGGCAUCGCGGUCAACGUGCAGCUCCGCGACUGCUCCGGCGACUUCGAGGCCUACUCGCAGUGCUUCCCGGCGAUGGCGCUGGACAUGGACGGGCUCAUCGUGGUGUACGAUCCGGACGAGGAGGGGAAGGAGCCCGAGCUCGAGCGAUGGCACGAAGCCUUCUCCACCGUCGGGGAUGCGCGGUUGGACCCGAGCCAGUGCCUGGUGUUGGGCAUCCACCGCGGUCGCGGCGGCGAGGGCGCGCCGCCCAAGUUUCCAAUCUCCGGGAAGCUCACGAAGCUGCCCAACGCGGUGGUCGAGGUGAGCGGUGACGACGUCGUCGGGAGCGCGCGGAGGGUCGGCGUCGAGGUGGACAGGUGCGUGCAACACGCGGUGACGCGCAAGCGCGAGGCGGAGGAGAACCGGCUGUUGGGAUGA